AUGUCGCAAGAAGGAGGCGGCCAACCUCCGCCGGGCCGCAGCUCGCUGUUCGCCAGCGUCGCCGGAUCGUCGCAAGAGUCGCCGCCGGCAGGCAGUUCAAGGGUCGACACGAGUGUUCGGGAGGAAAAAUACAGCACUGCCGGCAACGACGGCCGCCGCUACAGCACGUUUCCGUCGGCGUCGCCCGUCGUCCAAGAAACUGAAGAAGAGCGUAGGAUCCGGGCAGCAGAGCACGCCCGGGAUCGCCGUGAGCAACUAGAGAGGAAGCAACGCGAAUUUCGGCGCAAGGAACGCACGACGGUGCACGUCGUCUCCUACAACGAUGACGACAGCGGCUCGGACGGCGGUGUUAGGAUUGACGCGCCGAUAUGCUUAUCAUCAGGGUCAGAUGGUGAAUACGUGUACGCCAACGAAAUUCAAACCGAGAAGAAGAACGUCACGGCGAAGGUGUCGCGCCUUUCGAAGGGUGAUACAAAGGGCGUCAGCGAAUGGCGAAUGAAGGGCUACCGCAACUCCUUCGAAGCGAAACCCAGCCAAUCGUUCAACUCUGACCCCGCGCGAGGGACCAAGCAAGAACUCUCCUCGAUGAGCACCUCGGAUCGAAAGGGGAGCUCGAAUGGCGCGUACAGGAGCGAUUCUGAGGACCGGAAGCCGUCACGGAAGCGCAAGCAUAAAAAGAAGAAGAAGUCGAAAAAGUCCAAGAAAUCGAAGCGGAGACGCCGCGAUUCCUCGAGUGACCCCGACAGAAAAAGACGACGCCGUGACAGCAGCUCGAGUUCAAGCUCCAGCUCCUCCUCAUCCUCGUCCAGCUCAUCCUCAGAAGACGAGCGAAGAAAGCGACGUCAUGUGGUUGAUAAGGCGCCGCCGCAAAAGCACAAGUACAGGCUGAUGCGCGUCGACGAGAUGGACCCAACUUCGGCGGAAGGCAUCAUGAAGCUGAUCCAAGUGUGGCGCCAACCCGACCCCACGAUCCCCAGCUACGACCAAGUGUUCAAGACGGAGCGCUGUGAUGCAAACAUUCGCAUAUUCCACAUCACCGGCCGCCCGGAUAUGACGACCGUGGAGCGCAAGAUGCUCGACAAAGUAGCUAGGGACAUCUACGGCGAGAAGAACUUCCGCAAGACGGCCGCCAAGCGCUUCGACGACCGGGCGCUGCGCUUUUCGAAAACCCCGGAGAAUUUCUUUUCAAAGCGCAAAGAUUUCGAAGACCCAAACCUCGGCGGCAUCGUCCAACUUUCGAAAGGGCGCCUCGACCCGCUGAAGCCUGGGUAUGAAGUCCAAGAAGAGGAGCACAUGCAGAAGGAGUCUCCUGAAGCCUGGCUUGAGAAACAAUUCCUCGAGACCGAACACCGCUCUGCCGACACGCUGCUCGCGUCGAUAGACCUCGACAAGUUCGGGCUGGUCACCGAGUCGAUAAAGGGGCAGGCCGAGCAGGGCAGCAGCAGAAACGCCGCCGGCGACAUGGAGUCGAUGUGGUACCACAAGCUGCUGUUCGAGGACGUGAAGCGGAAGCGCGAUCUGCUCGUCGCCCACGACGACGACGAGGCCACGAUCACCGACCAGCAGUUCAACGUGCUCAAGAUUGACAAGCUGACGACGGCGUUCAAGGAGACGGGCGCCUUCCGCUUCUUCGCCGAGAUUGUACAGCUCAGCCGGGAUGUGUCGACGAGUGAGGAUAUGAGGAAAUUGUUCACCGACAACGAGGGCCGCUUCUGCGACGAGCCCCGAUUCUGGACGACGUGGGUCGAGACGCUGCUGUACGACAUGAAAUUCUACGACGCCGAUGAGCUGAACAAGCUGAUACGCCGUGCGAUACAUCGCGUCGACGCCAUCAUCGGCGGCAAGUUUCACGUCCAACGCGGCUACUCAAGCGCCGAACAGAAGGAGGCGCUCGUCGUCCGGCUCCUCCACCGCAACAUGAGCCACGCGAUCAGCGUCGGCAAGCUCAACUACGCCGUCGCCUACAUCCAAGCCAUGGUCACACAACUCGACAUGCCCGAGGAGUUGUGGCGGCUGGCGCUCACCCCGGGAGCUGAUCGCUCCAAAAUCGCCAUCAACCUGAGCGCCUACUGGAAGAGCGGGGUGCCGCGUGCCGGAGAUGCCAAUUCAAUUACCUGGUCCGCCUGGGACGGAAAUGCCGUGACGGUCGAGCGAGAGCUGGCAGAGGAACGGAGAGCCGUCGACGAGGCGGAGAAACUGGCCGCUCGAAAAUACCUGAGGCUCACCGACCCUAAAGAAGCGCAGGCAAAGCUGUGGGCCGACUUGGAGCGGAUCCGCGGCGAGCGCUUCUGGCGCCCGAUCCGCGUGCGCGAGGCCGUUGAGCGACCGGAAGAAGAAGACCGCUUCAUGCCGAUGCGCAACCUCGACUUGCCCGAGUUGUCCCCGAUGCGCGUCGCGCUGUUCACCAGCGACAUCAUCGGCCUGCUCGGCGCGCGCAUCCCCUUUGAGGCUGGCACUCUGCGGCAGGUGGCCGCCGAGCUCGGCAUGUUCACCGCCACCAGCGGAAUUCCGGCGGCUAUGGACGAUUUCCUGCUGAAUCUGCUCGACGAUCUCCGAAAUUCGCGUCAAGUGACCAUGAAGCUGCGCUACAGCGCCAUCCGGAUUUUGAGUUACCUGGACAUCAUGGAGCGCCGAUCGCAGGUGAAGCCCGCGGAGCGCUGGUUGAAGGCCAUGGGCGUCGCCACUGAGAUGUAUCCGAAAUACGACACCGCCUGGCUGCAGAUUGCCACGCUCGGAUUGGCGGAGCUGGGCGAACGAUUCCUGGAGCAGCGGAAGCGCGCGCGCGAGGCCCGCGCCAAGGAGGCCAAGUCGGAAGAUCCGGAAAUCCGCGAGAAGGAGCGCCAGGAAUGGCGUCUGAAGGAGGCGCGCGAGAUGUGCGCCAUCCCUCCCUACUGCCAAGUGAUCUGGAGCCGAAUCCCGGGCGACGUGAAGCUAGUGAACGAGGACGAUCCCAUCUACUUCACCAUCAAGUGCACGUUGAUCCUGCUGCAGAUCCGAGCCAUCAACCAUCCAAACUUCACGAACUGGAUCAUCUACAGGGCCAUCAGCAGCGGCAAGCUCGGGAUGCCGCAGACCGGCAAGUGCAGACCGUUCGUCGACGACAUUUGCCAGCGGAACCCCGUCGCCGGGACGGAGAUCGUCCGCCUGCAGCACUACUGGCGCGAGUUGCGUGAGAAGGUCGACGCCUGGAAGUUCAAUAGCGGGCUCCACGAAAUCGGCCUCUACCAACCCGCCACCCUGGUCCACAUCAUCGGCCAGUGGUUCAACUACGCCGGCACGUCGCGCGCCGAUUUGGAAAAGAUGAAGGGCUUCUACGACGAGACGGUCAAACUCGACAAGGACUACUUGAAGCACAGCGAGCCCGACCGCGCCUUCACCUUCAUCAACACGGCCGAGAUUCUGAUUGACCACAACAGCCACUACCGCUGCUGCUACCAGCAGUACCGCGAGCUGAUCGACGAGGCCCUACAAAAGUGCCCAAGAUCAGUGCCGCUUCGUCGUCUCCACUGCGACGUCAUCGCGGCGAUGCCGAUGGUGCGCAGCAACCCCUACAUCCAGAAGUACAAGCUGGAGCAUGAAGAGGCAUGCGAGCUGGGAAACGUGCACCGCUCGGCGUUGCUGGCCAUGUCGCGCAUCUACCUGUGCCGACGUAUCCAUCUGCGGACGCUGGCUGGACUCGAUAUGGGAAUCAUGGCCGGCGGCAUCAUCCGAGCAGUCGAGAAGGAGCACCGCGAAGUUGCCAACAUUCAAAACGACCCGUACAUCUGGAGGCUGCUGUUGGAGUUGUACAUCGACCUCCGGGAUCUCGGCAAGGCCUAUGAGACCUACACGAUGGCGGUGAAGAAUUGCGUGUGGUCGCGUGAGCUGCAUCUGCUCUGGGCCCGCUACGCCACCCCCGAGCAGAUCGACGAGAUUCAGCGGCUGAUGGUUGAUAAGAACAUUCCGAUGCUGGCCGAGCCGGACAUGGCGCAGACGUACCUUGAAGCCGCCGAAGGGGACGCUGAAGCC